CGUGGCUUCCGGCCGCCAUGUUGCUGGGUGCCGGUUAUAAUCCCGAGUGAAGGUGAAGCUGUGGUCAUGGCUCAUCUGCAGUUCACCGUACAUAGAGGGUGAACGGUUUUAAACCUAAUUCUGAUUAGUUGUGUGGGAUAGGUUUUGUUAUCAGGAUGAAGUGGUGAGAGGGUGUUCUCGGGCUCGGGGGCAACAGGAAGGCCAGGCUGAGGAAGGGGCUUGUACCAGUGCGGGAUGCGAUAGGACACAGUCCCCAGGCCGACCCCCCCCCCCCCCUAUACUAGUACCUAAUGAUAAGGUGUAGUUCGAAAUUCACUGACAACGCCACUUACUGUAAAGGGAGGGGAUCGAAAUCUGGGAAUUCCCGGUGGCGGUCGGCAGGUUGUUUCCAAUGUCGAGGCAGAGCACCUGCCCACAAAUUGGCCUUUCAGAGUGAGAGACCGCAGGCAGCUGCGGCUUCUUCUGUGUCUUCCCACGGCUGGACUCUUCCAAUCCUGGAGGGCUCUCCCUGGUCUGAUUAAGGGCACUCGUCUUCUCGCCAUUCCCCCCCCCUCCAAAGAAAAAUAUCACCGAUAUUGGGUGCUAUAUUUAGCAAACGUCUCCAUGGCUUCUACAUCUGUUGAUAAGAUAAACCUGCGCCUUAUUUUAGUUAGUGGGAAGACACAAGAGUUCAUGUUUUCACCAAACGAUUCUGCUGCAGAUAUUGCCAAAUAUGUCUAUGAAAACUGGCCCAUGGACUGGGAUGAAGAACAAGUUAGUAGCCCCAGCAUUCUCCGGCUCAUUUACCAAGGAAGGUUUUUACAUGGAAAUGUUACCUUGGGGGCUCUGAAGCUUCCUCCUGGAAGGAUGACAGUGAUGCACUUAGUUGCCAGAGAGACAUUGCCAGAACCCAACUCCCAAGGUCAAAGAAAUCGGGAGAAGACUGGAGAAAGCAAUUGCUGUAUGAUUUUGUGAGGCCUGCUUGCCUUUUCAGCAUGGCUACAAAUCAAAAGAAGACCUUUUUAUAGCAUUUGUGAGCAUUAUCUUGGAAUCUUCCCACUCAAAAGAUUGCGAUGUAACUGACUGGCAAGUUGUUGCUAACCAACUUGAGAGUAUUCCUCAUCAUUGCACAGAAUUCUACUGUGGUAUUACACAAAGGAUUUGUAUCCUGCCAAGGCAGAACAGUCUGGGAAGAACUUAACAACUCCUACAGAAAGUUAAGAAGUGCUCCUGCUACAGAGAAGUGGCAAUUACACGGGAGCCAAAUCUUUCCAUUAUAAUUUUUAUUUUCUAACAAUUUAACUUUUUAAAAAUUUUUUUUCUAAAUCAUAGUUUGGAUAUUUCCAAUUUUAUUCCCUUCCAUUCUGGAAGCAUUAAUCUCUUGUUGAACACAGCUCCAUGCGUGUCACCCCUUCUCUGGUGCCUUGUCCUAGAGACUUCCUUAUGCAUAUGUCUUGACACUAUGUAUCGACACUAUGUAUCAAUGGGCUAUUUGACCACUAGACAUCACAGCUGAGCUUGAUCAUGUUAUUACUUGAUGUCUGGUCAAGCACUUUACAAACAGCAUCACUAAUGAUGAUUAAGGUAACCCUAGCUGCCAGAUUUUUUCCCCCUCCCUUGAUUCAGACAUACUGAGAUGGCUUUCGGCUGCUUUAGGUAAAACUUCUAACAAAUCUAAGUAUAAAUUAUGAUGCUAUCUCCAGCCUUUUUAAAGGGGAGGGGUGGGCAUUUUAACAUUCUGCAAUAAGUCACCUUAGUUGAGGGUAUUCUAUUUUCCCCAGUGUAAUGUUUAUCUGUGGUGAAAAUGUCCAUGAGCAGAUCUUUUUCACUUGUUUCAGCAUGUCCUUUUUGUAUUGGGUCCUUUGUUUUGAAAAAAAAACAAAGUGGAUGUGAGCACUAUAGAGUAAUAUCAAAACUUUUUAUUAAUAAUAUUCUUACCUACACAAUACAGAAGGACUUUCAACUUUGGAUUUGGUCUAUCAUGUGAAGCCACUCAAUGUUUAAUGAAGUUUUCAAAAAUAUUGCUUUUCUAGAUUGUAGUUAGCAUGUCUGAAGUUUUUUUAAAAAGAGCUACUGUUACUUCUUACAAUAGAAUGAAAUUGCUGCUACUUUCCCUGUCAAAAGAUUUGUUCUUCUAUUUUCUCUCCUGCACAAACUGUCUCAUUCAGAAGCUUGAAUGAGUUUGAACCUGCAUCGCAGCAUUCCAUAUAUUUGAUGAGCCACUCUACCUGCAGGCUCUUACUACAUAUUUCCUAUCAUGGGAUUGAAAUGAGGUUUUAUUUGGUCCAUGCAGCUGGACAGCUUAGCCUCAGUUUUGUGCAACCUGUAUCAUAUAUGCAAGUGAAAGUGAGGACUGCAGAUGCUGGAGAUCAGAGCUGAAAAUGUGUUGCUGGAAGGACCGUAAUUUCCCGCCGGAAACCAGGACCAUAAUUUCCCGCCGGAAACCAGGACCGCAAUUUCCCGCCGGAAACCAGGACCGCAAUUUCCCGCCAGACGUAGUCGACGAUGCCCUCCACCGCAUC